GUCAGCGUUCGUUCGUGACAGAAGAUAGCGCGAGGUUCUUCGGUGGGUAGGGGCAGGAACGGGAGGCCAUGACGGGCCCAGACGACGCGUUCGUUCACGACGGGCCAGGACGGCGCGUCCGGUCACGACGGGCCGGGACACCCCUCCUCACCGCCUCGCGGACCGUCAGACGCCUCAAGACGACGCGCCGCCGCCUCCGCCAGUCGCCCUUCCCGCCCCGUCAGACGCCUCAAGGUCCGCCAGGCGCCUCAAGGUCCGCCGGACGGCGCGUUCGUUAGGGGGUCAAGACGACGCGAGCCGACCAAGCCAGGACGACGUGCAUAGGGUCCGGGCCGAACGCGCCACCCCACCCCUC